AUGAACGAACUGCUAGUGCUGGAGUUGUACGCGGAGCAUAAAUGGCGCAGCCUGCAUGUUCUUAAGAUGAACAAACGCUUGGUUAACUUUGUUUUGGCUAUCAACAUCGUUUUGACAGUGACGCGCGAGGUGUUCGAUUUAAUUGGUCGUCUGUGGCUGCCCAUUCUCUGGAAUUUUGUAAACUUGCUCGCUGUAGUGAUAGCCUUAUUUGGCGUCGGGCAGGGUAGACGAACCCUGUCGUUUGUUUACUGUUGCUGGAUGCCGUUGUGGACUUGUUGGAACGUGCUUGUGCUGUGCUUUUAUCUGAAUGUCAGUGGCUUACACGACGAUGACCAGUUACUCGCCUCAUUGAACUUUGGCACUACCGGCAGAAGUUGGUGGUAUGACAAAGUUCCGUUUUGUCAGCAAGACCCUUACAAUAUAUCGUUUACCGGACAGGUGGUCAAGCAGUGCUUGGUGGACCAUAAAGCGGUAGAAAUGGUCAUUGCAUUGGUGCAUAUAUUUUGUUCGUGUUUGUGCCUUAUUUUUUUGCUGCUUCACGAGGUGGAGGGUUGUUGCCGCAGGACAAAGCCGCAGAACGUCGACGUCGAACAGCGGAGACAUCGACCAACAGUGACGGUCGAAUUUUCUGGUGGUCAAAGCACGAACGCUACGAAAUGUAGUCGUGGGAAGACGACGCAGAGAAACAGUGUGAUUUGUACUUCGUGCCUACCGGACAGAAAAUCAUGCGACGAAAGCGUGGCCAGCGGUUCCUUCCAGAACAGCCGAUAUCUCGUUCCUAACUACAAACGUCCUUCUGCUGGCAACGGUCGCUCUUCCAGUAAGCCUGCUGUAGACAGAAUACGGCAAGAGGAGCCGAUAGACAAUAUUUACUCAGGUUCCUGUAAUGGUGAUGUUUUUCACAAUCUGGGUUUUUCGGACAAUGGGUCCAGCCGUUCACUGACCACGUUGGGACAGAAUGGCCGACAGACAGAUGUGAAACGUGAACCGCCGCGAGUCAUCGGUGCCGACGGCUCCGGUAUUUCGUCGUCGUCCGCAUGUACGGUCGAAAAAAAUCGCCACUGCCGCCGGAUAGGCGAGACCGGUAAAGACCACCCAAGGGCGGCGGCGAUGAUGCGCCGGAGGAACGACCUCACCUCAGCCCACGCCACGAUGAGUGCAAACAGUAUCAUCGUCUAG